AUGAUUCUUUUGCUUUUCAAUGAGUGCUUUCUUUUGAUUGGAUCAGGCGAGUUAUUUGGACUGCAAAACAAGUAUUUGGGGCGUUUGCAUUAUUUUCUUGGUGUGGAGGUCCAUUAUCACCCUACUUGCAUCCAUCUUACUCAAAACAAGUACACCAUUGAUCUUCUCAAACGUAGCAAUCUCUUGGACUGCAAACCUGUUUCUACACCCAUGACUUCCAAAGGUACUCUUUCUCAGACCCAUGGUACUGUCCUUGCGGAUCCUACCCCUUAUCGACAGAUGGUUGGCGCCUUACAAUAUCUCACCAUGACUCGUCCUGAUAUCUCAUACGCUGUUCAACAUGUGUCUCAAUUUAUGGGAUCACCCAGUGAUGUUCAUUUUGAAGCUGUCAAACGGAUUUUACGUUAUCUAAAAGGCACCCUUGGAGUUGGCCUUCCUGUUCGCAGGUCUCCUGACUGUUCCUUCUUAGUCGCUUAUUCCGAUGCAGAUUGGGCUGGAUGUCCUGACACUCGCAGGUCCACAACCGGGUAUUGUGUUUUCUUGGGACCGAACCUCAUUUCGUGGAGUGCCAAGAAGCAGCCCACCGUUUCCUGUUCUAGUGCCGAAGCCGAAUAUCGAGCUCUUGCCUAUGCCUGUGCAGAUACUUUGUGGAUUCAAGGUCUCUUAACUGAACUUUGUUGUCCGCUUACUCGUCCGGUUUUACUUAACUGUGACAACCUGUCUGCCACAUACUUAGCCGCUAAUCCUGUCUUCCAUGCUCGUACAAAACACAUUGCUAUUGAUUAUCACUUUGUCCGUGAACGGGUCGCCUCUGGCAGUCAUAAAGUUCAGUUUUUUCCUUCUCAACUUCAGCUUGCAGAUGUCUUCACAAAAGGGUUACCAGCUGACCGUUUUGAACGUCUUGCUUCCAAACUCGUCACCUAUCCGGUGUCCAGUUUGCAGGGGAAUGUUAGGCCGUUAUCCUAA